AUGGCCGAGAGAUCUAUCGCAGACCAGGAACUGUUCUUACCCCCCGAGAAUCAAACCCAAGGUCAGAACCAGCAAUCAAUACCUCCACCAACUCAGCCUCGCUUCUACGAGCGUGUCAACAACUCCUCUGGCACAGGUCAUGUUGAGAACGACGAGGGUCAAUCCAGUGUGCCAAGCUUCAAUGUCAUUCCGGCCACACCCUCAACCACCCGCUCAUCUACUGUUCAUACCAAUGCCUCGCAGGCCACUGAGCCCAAACAGAUGAGCGGUGCUCUCCCAAAUCUCGCAGAGGAAGACGACAUGUACGCCGCGCCAUCAAUAGGGCCAACCCAGGCUACAGACACUUCCCAAACUCACGCCCAGCCUACCUACUCACACCCAGAAAUGAAGCCUGAACCACUGUCAAUAGGAGGACGACAUCAAGCGACAUCCUCUUCUGAUGCACAGCCCUCUGGGUAUGCCUCUGGGCAGCCUCUCGAGUAUUCUGCCCCACAUCCGAAUACACAAUAUCAACCCAUGUCGGUACCGCCGGUGGCGCCGCAGCAUCAGGGGCUUGGCUCUGCUCCCGAUAAUCAGUCUUUUGGUUAUGGUGCUCCUGUGCCUCCUCCGAAUCCUCCAACUUACGACGAGGACCAAGCGUCCCGCACAGGCACAGACAUCGAACAUGCACCCCAAAUGCCUGAUACGCAGCCACCUGUCCCGGAAAGCACAGGCUUUCAGCAUGGAGGACCAUCAUCUUCAGCACACCCAGCCGUGCAUCUUCAAUCUGACGAGGACUAUGCUAUGGCUCUACAGCUACAAGAGGAAGAAGAAAAUCAGGCUCCCCCACUGCCCCAACGACCAGCAAGACAGGCUGUUCCUGACACGGACCGAAGCCAAGGACUGUCCUCACACGCCCUCUCGGCGGAAGAAUCAGACCAUGCUUUUGCAAUGCGGCUCCAACAGGAGGAAGACGCCAACGCACCUGCUUUGCCCACUAGACCCACGAAUCUGAGUGCGCCGGGCCCAAAGGCUUUCACUCGGACCCCUUCAACUGAUCGCUUUCUCCCCCCACCUCGUCGACAGGCCACCGACUUUGGUAUGGACAACCCCUCCUCGGACCCCAUUCACUACACCAGAGAUCCCCACAAGCUCAUCGCAUAUCUUGUUCCGUUCCCUACCCCACAUCUGACGAAUGCGCCAUCUGAUGCUGUUCCCACGCGCUUCUUGAUCUACACGCCCCCGCCUCCUCCUCUGAAAGCCCCGCCGGAGGGAGUGAAAGAAGAUCGAACCCACAAGAUUCAACGGAAAUGGCAAGAUGAGGUCCGCAAGGCUAAGCUGAGCGAGGCCAAGACAACAAGCUGGCCUGGCUUCCGCGCCAAACUUACUCGUGGCGUCAGCAAAGCCAUGACUUACACCACCAACAGCAACAUUGAUUUCCUCAGCCGUGUAGCGCCAACUGCGUCUCCUCCUCAUUCCCGCUCACCUUCACAAGGUCCAAAAGGGGAAGGAGAAGCCUUACACGACGAGGACCCCAUGCAUCAAGCGCACGAGACCAAGAAAACGAUUGGCGUCGAGGAGAUGGUUUUCGUAUACUCGCCCUCCAUGAAUCUGACACCAGACGCCAUGCGUGAGGAAUUCGUCAACACUGUCCUCCGCACCAAAUCCAAAGCCAUGCGAGAUUCCGUCAUCGCCACUGGGCUCCUCCCAAUUUCGCUUGCUGUCGAUAUUGUUCUUAUCGCCGUGAGUGGACUGUUCGAAGUCAACGCCGCCUGGGCGUACUUCAACAUCAAAGGCGCCAAGACCGCACGCUCCGUUGGCAAGCGUCUGUCGUCCUCUACCGCAACUGCCGAGAACGUCGACCCAGAAAAACCAGAUGCCGAGAUGCACCAGGAGGAAAAGCUGAAGCUCGACUUCAAACCCGCCGCCCGCAUCGAUGUGCUUUCUCAGUACCUCGUGGCCGAAUGCCACCGGGUGAAUCCCAAGUAUUUCCCAGAGUACAAGACUCCUCCGACCGAGUCUGACUGUCUCGAAGCCAUCGGCUGGGCACCGCACGAGACGGGCGGCGAGAAGAACUGGGAAGACGAAGCCUGGGAACUCAACGAGGUCAAGGAGGAUCUCAAGGUUGUCAUGCACAAGGCCGCCAAGGAGUGGAGCGGCUAUUGCAAGCAGUUUGAGAAGAACCCGGAGAAGAACUUGAACAAGUAG